UCUUUCGAACUGCUGGUGACGUAGGUUCGGGGAUCUGCAGGCAGGUGCUUAGUUGUCUCGCGCCAGUUGCUGCUGCUGCAUUUGCUGCGAGAGACCCAGAACGCGUUUUCGAGAUGGCGUCUGCCACUGAUGCCCGCUACGGCCAGAAGGAAUCCUCCGACCAGAACUUUGAUUACAUGUUCAAGAUCCUCAUCAUCGGCAACAGCAGCGUCGGGAAGACCUCCUUCCUCUUCCGGUAUGCGGACGACUCUUUCACCCCGGCCUUUGUCAGCACUGUCGGCAUUGACUUCAAAGUGAAGACCAUCUACCGCAAUGACAAGCGCAUUAAGCUGCAGAUCUGGGACACGGCUGGGCAGGAGCGGUACCGGACCAUCACCACUGCCUACUACCGAGGCGCCAUGGGCUUCAUCCUGAUGUACGACAUCACCAACGAGGAGUCCUUCAAUGCUGUCCAGGACUGGUCGACCCAGAUCAAGACCUACUCUUGGGACAACGCCCAGGUGCUGCUGGUGGGCAACAAGUGUGACAUGGAAGAUGAGCGGGUGGUGUCGUCGGAAAGGGGCCGCCAGCUUGCUGAACACCUGGGGUUCGAGUUCUUCGAGGCCAGCGCCAAGGACAACAUCAACGUGAAGCAAACCUUUGAGCGCCUGGUGGACAUCAUCUGCGAGAAGAUGUCAGAGUCCUUGGAUGCAGCUGACCCGGCAGUGACCGGUGCCAAGCAGGGCCCCCAGCUGACUGACCAGCAAGCCCCUCCACACCAGGAUUGUGCCUGCUAAGAGACUUGAGUGUGGAAACUCCACCCUUCCCUAAAUUUUCCGGGGACCCCCCCCUGCCUGCCAGUGCCCCCGAUCCUUGGCAACUUUUGCUCCCCUGUCCUCACCACCCACUCCCACAUCCAGCCCCAUCCUCUUCCUUCUCCCUUUGCAUCCGGGGGGGGGGGACUCAGACCCGGAGUGUGUCCAGCCUUCUUGGAAUCCUAAACAUCGCUCCCUUCAAUCUUUGGGUGGGGGCAAUACGUUCCCACCUGCCUUUUGAGCCCCAGGGAGAUUUUGUUUGGAUGGAGGUGGAAGGAGAGGUAGAGCAGGAAUUUUAGCAGCCCUCGUGGCUUUAUGCUUUUAUUCAUGUAUUUAUUUAUGUAUUUAUUUAUAUAUUUAUACUUCCCCUCUGUUUAUAUGUCUGACUUUCUCUACCUCUUCCUCCUCUCUUUGAGGGUCCCAACCCGCUCUGGACCACCUCUGGCUGUCAGGGCAAUGUUUGUGUUUUCACAUGCAGGAGUACCUGCGACAUGGAAAGUUCCUGUCCCCUUUCCUUCCCUCUGUCUCUUUUGGGUCAUCUUGGCUCCAGGAAAGAUGUUCCAGAUGAUAAUUCCUCCCCUGAGUUGAGUGCCUGGUCCAAAGCAGGAGACGGUCCCUAAUUCUGCUAAGUCAGCAUUUGAACCUUGUGUCUUUUAACUUGCGCCUGGCCAUUGCCACCACCGCCUUCGCCAUCUGACACACAGAGACACGAUAGGGAUUUUUCCCCAGGGGGGGACACCCUUUGGUUCCAAGCAACUUCUCCCCACAGCUACUCUUGUGGAUUUGAAGGUCUCGUUUUUGCAGGUUUGGCAAAGACUGAAGCCUGUGCCUGGCCAUACCACUUUCCUCCCCAAGCAGAGGCACACAAUAUUGGGUUUUAUUUUACUUGCCCCAACCCAUUCAACAUCUCUGUGUGUACAAAGUGUGUUUCACAGAGAAGGCCAGACUUGGAGUUCUGUGUGGACUGGUACUGGUAUGUUGUUUGUGAUAUAUGUGAAACUACACAUCUAGUCUGAGAUGGCACAGGUCAUGUUAUGCUUGGGUUUCUUGGACCUUGGUGGUUAGAGUGGCUGUGGCAGACGCAUGCAAUUGUGUCCUCCCUAACUUGGUCUCCCCCCCCCCUCCCAGGGAAGUAUCUUCUAGUUGUUCCACCCAAGAGGACAACUCUGCCCUUUCCCACUCUUGGUUGUAUAAAAGAUCUUCGAGGCUUGCUUGAUCCUCCUUCCCGUCUUCCUCAGUGUACAGAAAAGAGAGAAGGGAAGACUAAGAUGUUCACUCCUGACCCCUGUAAAUAGAAGUAGGCUGUGAUGUGCCCGUGGACCUCUCAUUGCUGUGCCGUGGCUUGUGAUGUUUUUAUGUUGUUGUUUUUUUAUAAAUGUCAUAUAUUUUAAAGGUUUUUCAGUUGCUUGUGAGUUGUUACUGAUACAUGUAUAUAUACAUAUAUACAUACACAGAGACAUUUAAAAAGAGAAAGGUCGACAGAGGGAGGGCAGGCAGCUAUUGUCACCCUGAGUUGCUCUGCAGCAUUGGAGGAGAGUGAAACCCCUUUGCAGACCCCCUUGGAAAAUCAAUUGAGAAACACCUAUUUUUAAAAAUGCAUUCCUUCUCCUCUUUUGAGACAUGUCUCCUUGCUUUUGGAAAGGGAUAGGGGUGUGUUGGAAUGAUUUGGACAAUCUAGUUUCCCAGCACAGUAAACCACCUUUUUCUUCCGGUGCAAAGCAGUGCAACUUGGUGGCUGAAUUCUGUCAACAACCCUUUGCGCGCGUUCCCUUCUGCUCCCUGCCCCAAUGGCCCUCCUUUUAAUUUUUAAUGGAAGCACUGGAAGGUUUGUUUUACGGAUACUUUGACACAAGUUGUCCUCUUUCUCUUUCUCUCUUUUGUGAAGUUUACUUCUAUGGAAAAAAAAUAAGCUGUACUGUAUUUAAAAAAAACCUGUCAGAAGUGUCAAAUUCAGUUUCCUAUUAAAAAAACAACAAAAAAAUCACUGUAUUAAACAGAUAUGUGAAGAAAUAAAAUUGCCGAUCACAAAAAA